AUGGGCACGCCCAACGCCUCUACAUCAGGCGGCCACUACACCGACCCCAACGUGUGCCGUUCCUUCCUCGUCGGCACCUGCCCCCACGACCUCUUCACAAACACCAAACAGGACCUGGGCACGUGCAAAAAGGUACACCUCGAAUCGCACAAGCAAGAGUACGCAGCAGACAAAGGGCGGGGACGCGACCCCGGCUACGAAGUCGACUAUGCGCGCGAUCUGUCCAAGUACAUCGAUGACUGCAAUCGUCGCAUCGACGCGGCCCAGCGAAGACUCGACAAAACGCCGGAUGAAAUCACUCGGACCAACGCCCUUCUGAAGAUGAUUGGCGAUUUCGAUAGGAGUAUUUCUACGGGGUUGCUCGAGGUGGAGGUGUUGGGCGAGCAGGGACAGGUCGCAAGGGCGCUUGAGGAGUAUCACAAAGUGCGCGCGGCGAAGGCGGAGAAGGAUACGAAGGAGAGGGAGCUAAAGGCGUUGUCGGAUAGUGCCGGACCCAGUGGGCACCAAAAGCUGCAGGUGUGUGAUGUUUGCGGCGCAUAUCUUUCGCGACUGGAUAACGACCGACGACUGGCAGAUCACUUUUAUGGAAAGAUGCAUCUGGGAUACGCACACAUGCGGUCGACGCUCAAGAAGCUGCAAGAGGAGCACGGAUUGCACACCGGUUCUAGGGGCGGUCCUGGCGGUCCACCGCGAGACUACGAUGGUGGCCGGCAGUCGCAUCAUGGUGAUGGCGGUUACGAUCGU